AUGGAUGAUCCAUUAGCUACAGGUGAUCAACCAAACCCAUUCGAAGCACUUAGAAACCACCCACAAUUUGCUGUUCUCCGUGAAGCCAUUCAAAGAAAUCCACAAGUCAUUACCGAAUUAUUGCAACAAUAUAGUCAAUCCAAUCCACAACUCGUUAGACAAAUUACCGAAAAUCCACAAGAAUUCCUUCGUUUAUUCCAAGACCAACAAGGUGCUCCACAACCAAAUCAAGUUGCCAUUCAAGUUACUCCAGAAGAAAGAGCUGCCAUUGAAAGACUCAUACAAUUAACUGGAAUGGAUAAGCAUGAAGUUAUUGAAGCCUAUUUCGCAUGUGACAAGAACGAGGAAUUAACAGCUUCCUAUCUUUUUGAACGUGCUGACGAAGACGAUUAA